CCAUCUGGCUGGGAAUCACAUACUCAUUUGCAGCUGCCAGUAUGUGGCCCUCUAUCCCCCUAGUUGUCUCCCAGGCUACCGUGGGGACUGCCAUGGGACUCACUACCUCCAUACAGAUGAUUGGUAUCGGUGUGUCUAAUUUGGUGGUGGGACAAAUUCUUGGAAAGAAUGAAGGUUUAAAUGACGAGGAGAUUCUUCACAGAUGGAAGUAUGUAAUGAUAUUUUUGUUGGCCAAUUCUCUAGCUUGUGUAGCAGCUACUAUCUUCCUCAACAUUACAGACAAAAAAAGGGGAGGCAUAUUAAACAUCAGCAGAAAACAACGGCAGCAGCAAGAACUAGAAAAAUCUAUACCAGAGAGUGAAACAAAAUCAGACGAUGAAGAGGAGCCAUUGUUAGGUCGACAGCAGCACAGGAUCAAUUAGUGAUCUAGGUCAUGUAUCAUCUUAACUUCUAGUCACAGACAUAUAGUGAAAAUAAGUGUUUCUUGGAAUGAGAUUAUAAAACAUGUUGUUGCCAAAAAGAAUUAAAGUUGGUUUUUGAUUUUUGUUACAUGUUAAGAAAGAGGGUUCUAUCCAAUGUAUUGAAAAAGAAACAAAAUAUUAAAUGCAUGGAAAAGUUGUUAAUGCACUUUAUCAGUAUUAUUAUUUUUUGGCUGAUUUAAUACAAUAAUGUUAUGGUUUUUGGAUAUUUUAUUGUCUUUUACACAUACUGUAUAGAGGGGAUGGGGUGUGGGUAAUAAAGAUGCUUGUGGAAUUUCAAACAACAUUUAAAACUUUACAGAUGAUACUACAGAAGUUACAUGUUAUUUGAUAAAGAAAAUGUAUGAAUGAAUGUAUGAAAGGUUGUACUUAAUGAUGAAUAAAGCAUUUUUUUUUUAGAA